ACAGGUUAAUCAGCAUGGCUAGUCUUCUAUCUCUAAGGGCUGCGUCGCACGCACGCUUCGCACUCAACCGCGCCGCUGCAGUGCCAGCGUUCACACACGUGCACCAACACGUACCCAACCGUGGGUCUAAGACUGAGCUUGUUCCCAGUAAUGCAGCCGAGUACGCACUCACAACUGUGGAUAAGAUUGUAAACUGGGGUCGAAAUGGCUCUCUCUGGCCUAUGACUUUCGGACUGGCCUGCUGCGCUGUAGAAAUGAUGCACAUGGCAGCCCCCCGGUACGAUCAAGAUCGUCUGGGUAUUGUGUUCCGCGGUUCCCCGCGUCAGUCCGAUAUCAUGAUCGUUGCCGGUACCCUCACGAAUAAGAUGGCUCCCGCUCUCCGCAAAGUAUACGAUCAGAUGCCCGAGCCUCGAUGGGUAGUGUCCAUGGGAAGUUGCGCAAACGGAGGUGGAUACUACCACUACUCGUACGCCGUAGUGCGUGGGUGUGAUAGGAUCGUGCCCGUGGAUAUCUACGUGCCUGGCUGCCCCCCUACCGCUGAAGCUCUGAUGUACGGCAUGAUGCAGCUGCAGAAGAAAAUUGGCCGCAGUCGACAGGCCACUUUGUGGUACCGGAAAUAGAGUCGAGGACUGCCGCGAGUCAAUAUGGGAUAUAUAUGCUGUAUAUUUCCACAUAUAUGCAUGUAGAUGUAUGUGUGUGCCUUAGAUCCAAGCUCAGAACAACAGAUUGUGGCCGAUCAUGGGCCAUCAAUUUGGGCCAGCAGUCGUUGGAAUCUCGCCAAGUUAUCUUAUUAUGGUCACGAGUAUUAAAGCCUUGCCUUUUAUAUAUAGG